GGAAGCGUUCAUCAGCGCUGACAUCCGUCGAACCGCCGCCAUUAUCUCUGCAGCGGAAGAAGGAAGGAGAAAACAGUCGGAACCGAGAGAAAUUAAGUCAAUUUUGGAUCAAUACUGCCAUGGAGGUUCCUGGAGCCGACAGCGACUGGAGGAGCCCUCAGUUCCGACAGAAAGUCGUGGCUCAGAUUGAAGACGCCAUGAGGAAGGCCGGUUCUGGAAACACGACACACAAGUCUGGGACGGACAUGGAGAACCACGUCUUCAUCAAAGCCAAGACCAGAGAGGAGUACCUGUCCCUGGUGGCCCGGCUCAUCAUCCACUUCAGGGACAUCCAUAAGAAGGCACUGGGAGGAGCCGAUCCCAUGAAUGCCCUGACUAACCUGACGGGGGUAGGCGGGGGCAUGGGCAUGGGGCCCCGGCCCCCAGGCACCGCGGUGGGGGGCAUGGGGGCCAUGGGGCAGAUGCAGCUAGGCCAGCAUGCCAUGGCCGGGGUGCAGGGAAACCCACAAGCCAUGGGCACCCCGGGCCAGAUGUCAGUGCAGCAGAUGGUGCAGCAGCAGCAGCAGCAGCAGUCCAUGCAGUUCCAGCAGUUCCAGCAGGCACAGCAGCAACAGCAGGCGCAGCAGAACGCUGCGCUGCAGCAGCAGCAGCAGCAGUUCCAGCAGCAGCAGCAGCUCCGUGCUCUGCAGCAGCAUGCCCAGAACCAGCAGCUGCAGCAACAGCAGCACGCCCAGAACCAGCAGCAGCAGAACCAGAUGCAUCAGACGCGGAUGCAGCAACUGCAGCAGCAACUACAGAUGCAGCAGCAGCACCAGGCGCAGGCCCAGUCCAUCCAGCAGAUGGUGCAGCAGCAGCAGGUCCAGGUCCAGUCGGGUCAGAUGCCUCCUCACUCCCAGCCCGGACUCGUCCCCCAGUCUCUGCCGGGUCAGAUGCCGGCGCAGUCCAUCCCCAUCAGCUCGCUGAGCCAGCAGCAGCAGCAGCAGCAGCAGCAGCAGCAGCAGCAGCAGCAGCAGCAGCAGCUCAAGAUGCAGGCCUUCCAGCAGGCUCGCACCACGCUGCCGCUGCAGCAGGCCCAGCAGGCUGCAGCACAGGCGCAGCUCAACGCCGCUGCAGCUGCCGCCGCUGCCGCGGCCGUGCCUGGACAGAUGGUACGGCCCCCGAUGCAGAAUCUGCCCCGCCCCCCUCGACCUCCUCUGAACUCCGCCAUCCCUCCUGCAAACAGCACGGCCGGGGUCGGAGGUCCGAUGAUGACCCCACAGGUGCAGCAGCAUCCCAUGAUGUCAUCACCCUCACCUGUGCAGGUGCCCACCCCACAGAUGCUGCCCCCCCCCCAGCCAUCCCCGCAGCCCCCCUCCUCUCAGCCCAACUCGGCCAGCUCCGGCCCCACGCCGUCUCCAGGCGGCUUCCAACCCAGCCCCUCCCCUCAGCCGUCGCCGAGCCCGGUCACCGCCAGAACCCCCCAGCAGAACCACGGGGUGGCCUCGCCCGGGCCCCUCAACACGCCAGGUAACCCCGGGUCGGCAAUGAGUCCGGCUGGAGCCACGUCUCUGGAGGAGCAGCAGUACAUGGAGAAGCUCAAGCAGCUGUCCAAAUACAUCGAGCCGCUUCGCCGGAUGAUCAACAAGAUCGACAAGAACGAAGACAGGAAGAAGGACCUGAGCAAGAUGAAGAGUCUGUUGAACAUCCUGACUGAUCCAACCAUCAGGUGUCCUCUGAAGACGCUGCAGAAAUGCGAAAUCGCUUUGGAGAAGCUGAAGAACGACAUGGCCGUGGAUUCACGUCUGUUUCAGCCGACGCCCCCCCCCCCUCCGGUUCCCACCAAGCAGCAGUAUCUGUGCCAGCCGCUGCUGGACGCCGUCAUGGCCAACAUCCGCUCCCCGGUCUUCAACCACUCCCUGUACCGGACCUUCGCCCCCGCCAUGAGUGCCAUCCACGAGCCGCCCAUCACGGGGCCCAACGUCUGCGGGAGGAAGAGGAAGCACGAGGAAGACGAGCGGCAGACCAUCCCCAACAUCCUGCAGGGGGAGGUAGCGCGCCUCGACGUCAAGUUCCUGGUCAACCUGGACCCGGCAUUCUGCAGCAACAACGGCACCGUGCACCUCAUCUGCAAGCUGGACGAUAAAAACCUGCCCAGCGUUCCUCCGCUGCAGCUCAGCGUUCCUGCAGACUACCCGGAUCAGAGUCCGCACUGGGCCGACGACGGAGACCAGUAUGGCGCCAACGGCUUCCUGCAGACGGUCCACAGGAACAUGACGUCCAAACUGCUGCAGCUCCCUGACAAACACUCGGUGACGGAGCUGCUCAACACCUGGGCCCAGAGCGUCCGGCAGGCCUGCCUGUCUGCCGCCUGAAGCCCCGCCCACUGUCUGUAGCCCCGCCCACUCAGCCACCGCAGUAUCGCACUACAUUCAGGUCCGGUUCAAACCUUACCGGAUUAAAUGAACUGCUGCUCACCUGGUUACCUGGUGACCAAUCAGUCGCCAGCCCUGAAUGCGUCACUAGUUUUUCUGUCAGAUAUUUGAAACCCGGCAACAAAUAAAGAUUUAUCUGCUGUUUUUAUAAAUAAAAUCCAUUUCAUCAUGAA